AUGCCGCCUACCACCAUGAUCGUGCCCUGUGCGUCUACAGUAAUUUCUAUAAACAAGCAAAGUUUAAUAGUUAGUAGUCAUUUACAAGUAUCAAGUAAUGAUCAAAACAGAAAAAGAGGGGCCCGGCCAAAAGCAGCGGACGAGGUGUUUGAGAAACCCAAAAACGAUUUUAUUUUAGUUCCGGGAUUUACAUCAGGAGUUCUAAAGCGAUUGGAUAACCGAGAAAAGGCGAUGCAUGCAUGCGAUCUAGCAUAUGCAGGAAGUAGCGAGGCGUCGCCAGCACCGUGCGAGGUGUUUUUGGGCGGCUCGUGCAACCCUACCACUUGGAGAUCGGAUAUCGCUAUACCGAUGCUUAAGCAAAUGGGAAUCACAUAUUUUAAUCCUCAAGUAGAUGACUGGUCGACAGAGUUAAUAGAAGUCGAGCACCGCGCUAAAGCACAGGCGCGUGCGCUGUUAUUCGUAUUGGACAGCGAGACGCGGGCUGUCGCGGCCUGCGUUGAGGCAGCACACCUUGCAGCUGCACCCAGGGAUCUAUUGCUGGUGUUGAGGCCUUACUCCAGACAUCAGGCUAUCGGCAGGGAAACGAUAUCAGAUCAAGAGUACAUAGAGCUGUCUCGCGCCCGUUCGACGUUACAAGAAGUAGUGGAAAGGCGAGGCCUACCCGCCUUUACAGACAUCCCAGCUGCUUUACGCUGCGCCCGGGCCGUACUACGAGGCGCUAGAACGCAUCCCAGACAUUCUCUGGGCCACACAAUUCUUCGACUCAAAAGGGCAUACGAUGCAGCUGGCGGUCGAAACGCGUGGUUGUCACGCGCUCGCGCAAUAGAUGCGUUAAAAGAGGCGACGCGUGCGUCCCGAGAUGUAGCAGAGCGCGUUUUACCACCAAACGCAGAUACAAUUGACUUUGAAACAUUCUGCGGAGCCGUUGCCGAGUUAGCUGCCGAUGCAGGGUCCCGGCGAAGUAUGAGCGUAGCAGCGCGUGUUCGACGCGCGUUUCGAAAUCUCCGCGAUUUUAUCACUUCACCAACAACACCCGAAUACCAACGUAACAAGGGUCAAGAGAAGGAAGCGGGCGAAUCAGCAAGUACGCAAGAGCGUGUGUCGCCGCUCGCGCAACGCGAUUCUAACGGAUAUGCUCGUAAUCCACGGCUUCGUGCGCACGGACAGAAAUUGUCUUUGGUUAUACCCAAGAAUGGCGGCAAGACAGGCGAGGAGUCAGGUUCAAGCAGCGCCGAUAGUGUGUUCACUCCAGGCACUGAACGACGUUUGGAGCGACUGCCCGCACUGCUCGGAGCGCCUGCUCAUCAUGUAUACCUUGCAGGAACUUUCCCCUCAAACAGUAGACGUCCCGAAGACAUCCUACGUCGGGAAGGUUUCACAUACGUGAUACCUAGAGUCAACGACUAUACACGUCUAUUUUCAACGCCCACUCGUCGCUCUGCGCCGGCGCAUCCCGAAUCGCCGUGCAGAGAUAAAAAGCCAAGGCCCGCGUCGCCAAUUUCGCCGCUGGAGGACGUUGAACUAAGGGAAAAAAAGGAAGAGAGAAGCACGGAUAGAUUGAGCGCAUCUGACUUCUAUACUGUCACGGAGGAUGUCACGCCGCAGCCUUUUAAAGGUACCUUUGAUGAGGACCUGCUGCUAGGUUCACGCGUGUUAGUGUUUUCGCUGUCAUCGUCAUCGCCCAACUUCUCGACGAUGGUGCUAGCGGCGCACUAUAUGGGCCUUCGCCCCGCUAACACCCUACUCAUCGUGCAACCGAUGCAGGCCCCGCCUACUACGGUGCAUCAGUUCAGCGAAGCAGCGGUAAAAGACUACAACCGGGGGCGGCAUUAUCUAACAGACCUAGCUCGUCGCGCGGCCGUGCCUGUCUUUGACAACGUAGAAGAGGCCAUGGCCUGCGUACUUAACCGAUUGCGCACCUAG